UUCUAUUUGCUAAGCAGGCCAGUUGUAAUGUAAAAUAUAAAUUUGUAUUUACUUUUCACUAAAAAGCAUUCAAGUAACAGUUCAUAUUUGCAAAAUUCAUUGCAGUGUUAAAUUAGAAGACAAUACAUUUUACCUAUACACGCUGCACACAUUGAAAAAGCCCGGAAAUGGCAACGUUCCUUAACAUGAGUUCGGUGAAGCUUAACAAAUGGCAGGUGGCUCUCAUACUGGGCACGCCCUUGGCAAUUGGCUUGGGCGUCUAUGUGUUCCGGAAGAGCGGGACUCGGGAUGAAACACAAGGCGGCAAGCAGAAGACAAAGUCCAAGGAUGCGGACAAGACGCGCUCCAAGGGGAAAAUGGAGAAACAGACGUUAUCCAUUGAUGGCACCGCUCCAGAUUCUGAGCUGGAGCGCAGCAAGAAGUCGGCAGAGCUGGGCGAGAAGCUGUCGCCGCUGACGGAGGCCAACAACUACAAGACGGAGGGAAACAAUUGUUAUCGCAAUGGCAAAUAUGAUGAGGCAAUCAGUUUCUAUGACAAGGCCAUUGAUAAAUGCCCCACGGAGCAUCGCACUGACAUGGCAAUCUUCUAUCAGAACCGUGCCGCCUCCUAUGAGAUGCUCAAGAAGUGGAACAAGGUCAAGGAGGACUGCUCUCUGUCGCUGGAGAAUAAUCCGCGAUAUGCCAAGGCUUAUUAUAGACGCGCCCGUGCCCACGAGGCCACUAAGGAUAUGUCCGAGUGCCUGGACGAUGUGACUGCCACCUGUAUAUUGGAAAUGUUCCAGAACAACAAUACCAUCAUGUUUGCGGAUCGUGUGCUCAAGGAGACGGGUCGCCUAGAUGCCGAGAAGGGAAUGCGCGAACAUGUGCCUGUCGUGCCCUCGGCUGCCUUUGUCAACACCUACAUGCGCUCCUUCAUUGCCGAUCCUCUCCAAAUUAUGAAUGUCCCGCCAUCGGCUGUGGCAGAUACUCCACCACGUGGUUUCCUGCGUGCUCGUCGUGCAUUCGAUGAUCAGAAAUUCGAUGACAUCAUUGCCGCAUGCACCGAGGAAAUUGAAUCCUCCGAGUCGGAAUCACAAUACAAAGUGGAGGCGUUGCUGAUGCGUGGCACAUUCCAUCUGCUGUGCGGAUCCUUUGCCGACAGCAAGAACGACUUUGACGCCAUACUGGCCAAUGAUGAUGCAGACUCGACACUGCGCGUUUAUGCGUACAUUAAACGCGCCGCACUCUUUAUACAGACGGACGAGCGCGAGAAGGGAUUGGCUGACUUCUUGGAGGCGGAGAAAUUGAAACCCGACAAUGCCGACGUGUAUCAUCAGCGGGCGCAGAUACUGCUGCUGCUGGAGCAGAUCGAGGAGGCGUUAAUUGAGUUCGACAAGGCGGUGCGAUUGGCGCCAAAUCAUGCGAUUGCCUAUGUCCAAAAAUGCUAUGCGGAAUAUCGUUUAUCGUUGAUGACCAGCGAUCAGAAUCGCCUGGAGCGUGUUAUCCGUGACUUUGAGCAGGCCAUUGAGAAGUUUCCCGAUUGCGUUGAGUGCUACAGUCUGAUGGCCCAGGUCCUGGCCGAUCAACAGCAGUUCCCACAGGCUCAAUUGUUUUACGAGAAGGCCAUGAAAUUGGCGCCAACAAAUCCAUCGUUGCUGGUGCAUCAGGCAAUUAUGAUGCUGCAAUGGCGUGGUGACAUCGAUGCCGCCGUCACGCUUCUCAAUCGCGCCAUCGAGGUGGAUCCCAAAUGUGAGCUAGCCUAUGAGACGCUCGGCACCGUGGAGGUGCAACGGGCGCAAUUACAGCGUGCCGUGGAUCUGUUUGAGAAGGCGCUGCUCUAUGCCAAGAGUCAGGCGGAGCUGGUGCAUGUCUACUCCUUGCGUAAUGCGGCGCUGGCUCAAAUCAAUGUCACUCGCAAGCUCGGCAUUGACAUGAAUACCAUUUCAGCGAUGGCACAAUCCGGUUUCCUGACCCAGCCAAGCAUGUAGACAUCCCACCUCUCCCCACACCCAACUGGCCAUAAGGGUCCAAGGCAUUUAAUACGAUCCCAGUGCUAAUUAAGUUAACUACACUACAAUAACCCCCCAAAACAAAACACACAACCCACAACAAACCUUGUUAUACACAUACUAUAAAAGAUAUGGAAAAUCUUUGUUUUAGUUAUUGUGCUCCUAGUUUUAGCAAUGAAAAAAGUCUUGUCGAUGA